AUGUUUGGGGAAGUGCCAAUUGAAGUCAUCCAGGAGAUAGAGGAAUUGUGCAAUGCAGUUCCGCAACUUACAGAAGACUAUCAAAUAAUAGAUAAAAUUGGUGAAGGGACUUUCUCAUCAGUAUACAAGGCUAAGGAUAUUAAAGGCCGAAUAACGAGUCGCUAUAAAGAUUAUUUUUGGAAAGUUUCUUUGAAGGAUGAAGAAGAUGCUGGGCCUUAUGUUGCGUUGAAGAGGAUAUAUGUCACAUCAUCACCACAGCGCAUUUAUAAUGAACUAAACCUAUUGUACAUCUUGAGUGGGAACCAUACAGUUGCGCCAAUUUGUGAUGCUAUCAGGUCCAACGAUCAGAUCAUAGCGGUUCUACCUUGGUAUCCUCAUGAAGAGUUUAGGACUUUCUAUCGAGAUUUGCCGAUAAAAGGAAUUAAAAAGUGCAUUUUCGAAUUAUUGCAGGCUCUGAAGUUUGUUCAUGAAAAGGGUAUUAUGCAUAGAGAUGUCAAACCCACAAAUUUUUUAUAUAAUCCCAGUUUAGGGAAGGGUGUGCUUGUUGAUUUUGGUUUAGCGGAAUUAGAACCUGAAAGGAUCCAUGAAUCGGAUGAAUUGCAGCAUAGUAAAGACUUACGAUCUUGGGAAUCUUAUUGUCCUUGUGGUACUAAGAGUGAUGUGCCUCAAAGCGCAAAUCUCAUAACGAUACAGAACGGUAAGGUCAUUUACAAUGGGAAGAAUCAGAGUGCUGUAACCGGUACAGGUGCCAAAAAUAUUUUGGAUCUGACGAAGGGCUACCCUAAAAAUGAGACUCGUAGAAGCAAACGAGCAAAUAGAGCUGGAACUAGAGGUUUCCGUGCACCUGAAGUUUUAAUGAAAUGUUCUCAGCAGACUACAAAGAUUGAUAUAUGGUCGGUGGGUGUUAUACUGCUUUCAUUCCUAGCCAGACGGUUCCCGAUGUUCCAAAGUUUAGAUGAUACGGAUUCUUUGCUUGAGAUGUGUUGUAUAUUUGGUACCAAAGCUAUGAAGAAAACAGCACAAUUGCAUGGCUUGGGUUUGGAAAUCGAGGGCCUAGAAGAGAUAACUGAAGAUGGUAUCCCAAAUGGAUUAAAGGGUUAUGUAAAACAACUCUUAGGAUCAGAAUGCGAAAUAGCGACAUUCCCCCACUACAGCGUCGCAUUUGAAACUCUCGACUUCUUAAAUAAGAUGGACCGACAGAUCACCCCUAGUUUAAGUAGCGGCAGUACAAUCAGCGGUGCAUGUUCUAGUGAAGAAGACAAUGGAGGAGAUGGCGAAGUUGUCGAUCUAGAAAAGGAGCGUUUGCUACGUGUUUAUUGUGAAAGAGUCUGGGACGACCACUUUUGGUGCUUUGAUGUACUCGAGAAAUGUUUUGAAAUGGAUCCCAAGAAGCGAAGUAGCGCUGAAGAGCUACUACAACAUCUCCUCUUCAGUGAACUAACAGAAAAGUAUGAAUAUAAUGAAAACCACGAUGAAGUUCUUAAUCUAGGAUCACAAGAAUCGGUCUAG